UUGUAUUGCUCGCCAGCACCAGCAACGUUCGCGCUAAGGCUCGGCCGAGCUCGACACCGCUGUGCUGGUCCAUGCCUUGAUACGCCGACGAUCUGCACACAGAUCCCAAUUAUCAGUCACUUGAAUCGAAUAUCCUUUUGAGAUUGGACACUAGGUGAUGGUUGUUGUCUCAUGUUGAUGGUGGACCCUGUUCGAGUACGUAUGGAGUAGCUAAGGGUGGGCUCGUACAGAGCAUUUGUAUAGUGAUUGGGCAGAGUGGUCGUGCGCCGUAAUUGUACAGAGUAACAUCUCGCUCGGGCUCAGCCGUUAUGCCGAAUUAAUGCAUAUCGACAUAUACAUAUAUAUGCCACACCUGCUUCCUCACCGACAUCAAGACGCUGCAGUUGCCUCAAACCUCCAACUCCUGCCCUAGUCAACAUGGCUAUACUGAAUACGGACCUGCCCAGCAGCAUCGUUCUCGCUGGCCUAUUGGGAACUUCUGCUGUCCUCUAUGUCAUCGGUCUAAUCACAUACAACGUCUUUUUCAGUCCUCUCAGCCACAUUCCAGGCCCAUGGUUCACCGUCUCUACCGGUAUUCCAUAUGCCCUGCACAUGCGCUCCGGAACGAUUCUUCCAUGGGUGCAAGAGCUCCACGCCAAGUAUGGCGAUGUCGUCCGAGUCGCCCCAACCGAGCUGUCCUUCAUUAGUGGUGAGACAGCAUGGCCAGAUGUCUAUGGUCACCGCAUAGGCAAGUACAGAGAAACUGGUGCCUACCUAAAAGAUAGGUCUUGGUAUCUCCGUCCUGUCAACGGUGUACCUUCCAUCAUCACCAGCACUGAAGCUGAUCACACCCGUCUACGACGCAAUCUCGCCCAUGCUUUCAGCGACAAAGCGCUGCGACUACAAGAGCCCCUGAUCAUGUCCUAUGUUGACUUGUUGAUCCACAAGAUCGGGGAGCAGGCAGAUAAGGGGCUGCCAGUCAACAUGAUGCGCUGGUACAACUACACUACGUUCGAUGUCAUCACAGACUUAGCCUUCGGCGAGCCUUUGUACUGCCUUCGCGACAACAAGUAUCACAAGUGGGUCCAUAUGGUCGUCGAAAACUCCAAAGCCAUUGCCCUUCUCGCCAUUCGGAACAACUACACGCUCUUCCGGCUGUACGACAAAUUCCGAGAGCUCUUCGUCGAUACGCAGGCCGUUGUGCGCGCACGCAAGGAAUUCUUCGGCAUGGCGCGGGCCCGCGUCUCAGAGCGUCUGGAGAAGGAAACAGACCGCCCCGACUUCUUCACCUUCAUUCUACAGAACCAGGACAAGGAGAACCGCGCCAUCACGCGCGGCGAGAUGGACGCGAACGCUGUCGUCUUUCUCAUUGCCGGCUCCGAGACAACAGCCACCACCCUCUCCGGCACAACGUACCUGCUCCUCCGCAACCCCAACGCCUACAAGCGUCUCGUCGCUGAGAUCCGCUCCACCUUCCAGGCCAGCACGGACAUCACCAUCGAGGCCGUCAACGCUAUGCCGUACCUCCUCGCCGCCCUAGCCGAAGGUCUACGCUUCUACCCGCCGGUCCCCACAGGCUUCCCCCGCAAGGUGCCCGGCAGCGGCCAGGAAGUCAGCGGCCACUACAUUCCCGGCGGCACAUCCGUGUACGUCUCGCAGCACGCGGCGAACCACUCGGAGCGCAACUUUGCGAAUCCAGACUCAUUCGCGCCCGAGCGCUGGCUCGACGCCGAGAGGCCCGCGGUCUAUGCCAACGACAAGCGCGAUGUUGUGCAGCCGUUUAGCUACGGGCCGCGUAACUGCUUGGGCAAGAACCUUGCGUACGCGGAGAUGCGCCUUAUUCUCGCCAAGGUGCUGUGGCACUACGAUCUCGAGCUCGUGGAUCCGGCGCGCGACUGGAUGGGCGAGCAGAAGGUGUUUGCGCUUUGGGAGAAGGGGGAUCUGCACGUAAAGCUCACACCCGUUUCUCACUAGGUCAUGAUUGGUCGGGAAGCAGAACACGGAGUGUGGAGGUGGAUAGUGGCGAUGGGAGAGUAAGGGGAAAGGCGUAUGGAGUGCUACGGACAAAGCAGUGUGUAGGCAAGUUGGCGUUGUUGAAUGUUAGCUCAUAUGUUGUCAUCAGUUGUCAGGAGUGUGCAGACAACUCCAUCUAUACAAGAGAUAUGUGGUAAAGGCUUGUGGUUGGCUGAAUAUUUCCAGCUUGUUCGGGCUGUUUGCACUAGAAAUGUACAGUUUUUUUUGGAGGCCUUGACCACAUCUCUAGCCUACAGGGACGGUGGCCCGCACAGUCUUGCAAGCACUGAUAGAUAAAGAGACGAGCGGAACCGCACACAUAGAACGAGAAAGGUUCCGCUACUAUGUCGCUGUGGAGGUAGUGAUCGGCCGGAGAUGGACGAGGAUGGAGUUAGGCACGACUUAGAAC